AUGGAGGUUUCUCAAAACGAGGCAUUUCCAGCAACCGAACCUGCAGACGAUACGUGCUGCACUGGUGACAUUGAGAUAAUGGCGUUGGGCAUCGCGGAAGCGCAGCAGGAAUUCUUGAAGCUGCUGGAUCGUGUGGAGCCGCGCAGUGUGGCCGAGUUCCUGGACUGGAUCAGUGAAAGUUUUGUUGUAGCCAAGUCGCCGGAGGAGCUAGGUUUGCUUUAUCGCCUCCGGGCCUUAGCGCUUUGGUUGUUCAGCUGCGCAGCAUUUGCAUCGGAUUUUGGUGAAAAGGGUAAUUUUUCAGGCGCUGUUGAUAUGGGUAAUGGUGCUAUCGUAUAUGGAGGUCAAACAGCGCAUAUCGCCGAGUGUGAAGUUCUGUUAAAAAAGAUAGCCAUGGAUAUUCGAUCCGAAGUACCAUUCGAUUCUCUUUUUUUUUUGCAUAAGCAGGGCCCGCCUGUGGCUGGCGGCAAAAAAUUGCCAAAAGCUUGA